AUGAGUGAGCGAAGAGAAGAAGAAAGAGGUAGAACUGGCUUUUCUAUGAAAAAGAAUCACAACUCCAAUUUUAAUCGAAGGAAUCAAGAACAAAUACACCAGAAGUUGCCAACGAAAAUAAGCGGUCCAUUAACUUUAGAGCAGCUUUGUGCAUAUCAGCAUAUGUUCAGGAUACAAGAAAUAUCUUCAAUUAUAAAAUCCCAUAGCUUUGAAGUUCCAAACGCUAGAAAUCGUUCUCCAUCACCUCCUCCAGUUUAUGAUGCAGAAGGUAAAAGAAUAAAUACAAGAGAACAACUUUAUAAAAAGAAAUUGAUGAAUGAAAGAUUCAAACUAGUGGAGGUCGUCUCUAAGUUAAUUCCAGGAUAUUCAGCUCCUAAGGAUUAUAAGAGACCUACCACUUUUCAAGAGAAAUAUUAUAUACCAGUUUCUCAAUAUCCACAAAUAAACUUCGUUGGACUAUUAUUAGGACCCAGAGGGAAAACACUAAGAAAAAUGCAAGAAGAUUCUGGAUGUAAGAUUGCUAUCAGAGGUAGAGGUUCAGUUAAGGAAGGUAAGACCUCAUCAGAUCUGCCACCAGGAGCCAUGGACUUUUCUGACCCAUUGCAUUGUUUAAUAAUCGCUGAUAAUGAAGAGAAGAUAGAAAAUGGUAUCAAAGCCUGUCGAAAUAUUGUAAUAAAGGCAGUCACAUCUCCAGAAGGACAGAAUGAGUUGAAGAGAGGACAACUACGUGAACUAGCGGAAUUGAAUGGUACUUUAAGAGAAGAUAAUAGGCCUUGUGCUACUUGUGGUCAACAGGGUCAUAAGAAAUACGAAUGUCCACAUAGGGAGACAUUUGCAAUGAAGAUUAUUUGUAGGCGAUGUAAUCAACCAGGUCAUACAAUAAGAGACUGUACUUCAGAUUCUAACUAUGGAAAACAGAUACACUCUUCGAGAUAUAAUAAUGAAAUGCCUUACCAUAGAACCAGCACAGCUGUCGAUCAACCGAGUGCGUACUCGAGAUAUGGAUAUACACCAAGAAAUCAUAAUGGAAGUAGUAGAUUCAACGAUAAUUCCAAAUAUCUGAACAAUGGUAACAAAAGGGCUACUCCACAACCCGAGCUUGAAUUAGAAACUAGUCAUAAGAGGCAACAAAUUAAUCCUACCUCAAGUUCUCAGGAUACCUUAAGUCACCAGACUAAUCAUAUGACUAUGACAACGAUAGAAGAUUCUGGAAUUGAUAAGUUACAACUUCCUGCUGGUAUGUCUAAUGAAAAUCCUAUACCACAGCCUGUUAAUUUCAACGAGAUUCAAAUAAAUGACGUCUCUGGACCAAAUGGCACUUUAGAAGCGCCACCGGGCCUUGACUUGGGAAAUAAUGAUUCUAACAUAACCCUGCAAGGACCACCAGGUCUAAACUAG